CGUGGUCCUCAAACGAGGCUCGCGCUCCGUCAGGCACACAUCUCCUCGCGCAUUCGCCACCGCACACGCAUUGCUCAGCAAACACACCGAAUCGCAGGAACCGGACGAGGAGGGAACAAAAUGAGGAUAACCUGUGUGCUCUUUGGCCUGUCGGUGGUUGCGUUGGUCGCUUCCAGUCCUGUCGUCAAGAGGGAAGCGGAAACGGACGAUCUAAGUCCGCUCAACGAGGUGUACAUCGUGGAAGCGGACGAUGAUCAGGCGGCGGACGACGAGAGAAGCGACAGAGACAAGAGGAAGAUCGGUAUCGUGAAGCUGGGCGUCUCCAAUGGGAUCAUCAACUUUGUUUUCGGCAAACUGGAUUCCUUCAUCGACUCGAAGACCAAAGCCCUGGCGGUGCUGGACGACGCGAACAAAGUGAAGAACGCCGCGUACGGCAUCGACGGGAAAACCUCAGCCACCGGGAAGUUCAUCAGCGAAUUGGUCGCUGCUAAGAUCCAGGCUGCCAGCGGAAGCGUCGGGCCCGUUAUAAACAGCGCCACGACCUUCCUGUCGGGUGCCAAGAGCGGUUUGACCGGGGCGUUCGCUUCGAAAUUGGCGCCACUCAGCUCGAUAGUCGGCGGCCUUUCCGCCGGAGCUGCGGCGAAACCGGACGUGUCUGCGGGCGCGAGCCUUGGCGGCAACAGCGGGGCAUCGAGCACCGCCGGGAUCCUAGGGAGUCUUCUGAGCUCGAAGCUUAGCAGCCUGUCGUCGUUGAGUCAAAACAACGCCGCGGGUCACGACGUAAAGGGAACCGACGCCAGCGCUGGAAUUAACCUCGGAGCGUUCGCCAAUUUAGGCGGAGGGGGAACGAUCGCGACUACCACGGAGGAUAUUCCCGAAUUCGAUAGGACGAGAGUGUCCUUGGACGUACCGCCGACACUGAUCGGCGGUGGUUUCAACGUAAUUACCGAUAUCAGCAAAAUCCUCACUAGCGUGAUACUCAACUCAGCCCGCCGAACACAGACGUUCCUAGAGCUCUUCAAGCCCUUCUUCCGUGGAGCAUUCGCCAUCAAGGGUCUACCGUCCGACGAUCCUCACUAGAAGAGAAAACUCUAGGCUCUACAGCCGAAAAUAGCUCAA